AUGCAAUCCCCCCGUAUCUACUAUCCCAUAAUCCUCCUGGUAUUCCUCCUAUGUCUCGGAAUGCUAGUAUCAUACCUCCCAACCAUUGAACGACCAAUAUGCCCCCAGCAGACAAGUGAGAAAUAUGAAUCACUAAGCAGCGAAACCAACCGGGGGAUCCCCAGAACAUUCUUUCCAACCGAACCAGCACCGGGCCAAACCCUCCUUGACGAAGCCCACCUCACGACAAACGGGGGCUUCUUCAUGGUCCGAAGGGGCAUAUCUGAUAAACCAGUCGGCUACGGAAUCUCGAUGUUACACCAAGCGCACUGUAUCGAUAUGCUGCGUGCUGCGCUGUUGGGAGGGAUGCAUGAUCAUAGUUUGAAUUUCAAACGGGAUGGGCUGAGGAAGGUGGAUUCGUUGGAUGAUGAGCAUUUGGAGCAUUGUUUGGAUUAUAUUGCGCAGAUAGGGAGCUCAGAGUGGGGGAGACUCUGGGCAGUUUACUUUCUGGCUGACUUCACCACCUCUCAAUGA